UGUACUAAAUGCCAUGUAUGUGUGCAGGUCCCCUAGUGAGCUGGAACAGUACUUGGUGGACAAUGUGGGUGGUGCUGCCAGCAUGUUUUUCACCAGUUUGAUCCAGUCUUGUACAAACACUAAACCUGAUGUCUGCACUUCAGUCACACCCACUGUAGCCGCCUCAGCUUGUAUCUCUUCAACCAGCUUCAUCACCGCGGCAAGAUACAAAGAUGCCCAAGUCAAAGAUGUAACAAGUGAAGCAGAUACGAAGGAUUGUUUUGAAUUGGCAAAUGGGUUAGAGUAUUCAUCAGUCACUACUGCAUGUGAGCAGAAUGGAUUCUGCACACCAAGGCAGAAGGAUGAAAGAAUAGCAAGUAGCCCUUCGACCCCAGUAGCGGCUGCAAGACCCAGGAAACACAAAUGUGAAGUAACACCUUCCACUACACCUGCAUCUGUGCUUACAGGGAAUAAGAAAACACCUGCAUGGAAAACACAGAAGCUAUACUCUCCAGCUGGCAAAAAACGUCUCACCUUUGCUGAUGCCACCUUCCAGUUAUCUGAGGAAAACACAACGGCUGAUCAACUCCACUAUCCGAAGACAAGGCCUGGUACAUCAGUUGCACACUACUCCAGUUGUAAAUUCAUCCCUAAAAGUGUACAAAUUCUAUCAAGAUCCUUGUCCUCAAGCUCUGAAGCUGAUAUUUGCAACUCUGACACAUCCAGAAACAUACGUUUUUCACAAAGUUCUGAGAGCAUGUGUGAGGAACCGCAUACUAAACGACUUUGCCAUUCUCCAAGCAUCAAAAGAUCAGUCACUCCAUUCAAAUUUAAGACUUGUUCACUAUUUAACAAAGACUCCUUUCUCUUAACCAACGGUUGUCAAUUUUGUGAUAACCGAACACAGGACCCAAAAUUCAAAGAAAAGGAAGCCAGGCCCUUCAAGAGGAACCUCAGUUAUUCGGAGCUCAGUAACAGGGAUCGUAUUCUUGAGUUACGUCAACCAUUAACCAAGUGUGUUAAAAUUAAACUAGCCAGUGUUAGUUCUAAUGACAAAAGCAGAAUAUCUAAUGAUGUAAGAUCAGACAAUGGUACAUCAGUAAUUGGCAAAACCAAUAUAGAGUCCAUUAGCACUGCUACAGAUAUAUGUGAAAGUACACAGCAGAUUUUUCAGGAUGAGGUUAUGUAUACCAGGUCAGAUGAGAGCUCACCUCAUGCUUGCACCACGCCAGACACUGUGUAUGUGAAAGCUCGAAACUUCAGUAUUCAGCAAGAAAAAGUGUUCAACUUUCUUAGCGAGAAUGGUGAAAAAAAAGGCUCGCCUGUUGCGUGUUGCCCACUAGCUAGUACACCACCAAGAUACAUAAACCAAUUUCUUCCAUUUAAUAGUCCGUCUGAUUUCAUAAUAAAAAGUGUACACACAAAUACUUAUGAUUCAGAAGAUACUAGUUCACUUGUAAAUUACAACUCGCAAGAAGAUUGUAAAAUGGCAGACGACCUGAAGGGGUCAGUUAACCAGGAUUUGAGUCCUAGUUUGGUAUGUUCAACCCUCUUACCUCUUGUGGUUGAUAUCAACACUAGCGUAGAGCAAAAUCCCAAAUGGAAAGAUUCAAAAACACCCAUAAAACUUGAGUGUAUUACAAAAGGAGCAGAUACAUUACAUCCUACUUGUUCCACAGGAGCAGAUACAUUACAUCCUAGCUGUUCCACAAGAGCAGAUAUUUUACAUCCUAGUUGUUCCACAAGUAAAUCUAUGCAAGGGCCAGCUCUUCUCGUCAAGAAAUUGCACACACAGAUACCAAAGCAGUCAUUAGCCAUAUCUAACAUGCAAUCUCUUUAUCCUAGUAUGAAUCUUGAAACCCAUCUGAAGUUGCAUAAACUUGACAGGCAGACUAAUGAACCUGAUAGUCACUGUAAUAUAAAAAAUAAUGAUUUGUGUUCUUAUCAGCAAAUGUUAGGAAAUUUGCAGCUCUGUUCAGAUCAGCUUCUCUCACAAGAUUUACAAUCUAGCAUAUCGGAUUCAUGUGUUGUGACACCUAGCCAAAGAUUACGUAUAUGGUCCCCAGAUCAACCUAUCUCGGGAAGCUUUGAAUCUAGCUCAUCUCAAGAGCAAAUUGUAACUCCUAACCAGAGAUUGAAGAUAAAUAAUGUAGUUUUAUCACCAAGUGGAAUGCUAGAAACUUCUGAAUUUGAGUCCUUUAUCACUCCAGUAGGGCGACCAUUUGUGUUUCCCAUUGGAGCUCCUCGGAAGGCUUUGCAUGCUACUUCCAGACAACAUCCACCGCAGUGUAGGCGAAGUCUUGCCAGGCAGUUUGCUGAAGAAGCAACAAGGGCUGCUUCAGUUGUUGACACCCCACCAGAUUCCCCAGUUGGAUUUGUUGGAAACCAGUUUCUUGAAAUGGAGCAUGGAGGAGAAAUGUGAUUUGUUAUCUGCAACUUAUAGACAUAUAACCGCCUGAAACAACCCUCAAUCCCUGAUGCCUGCAGCAAUCCUCUUUUUCACAACGUCUGUAGCAAUCCUUUAUGCACAAAACCUGUGGCAGCACUCUGCCUUCAACACCUUCAGCAAUCUUCUGUGCAUGGUAGCUGCAAUCCUCAAUGCACAAAACUUGCAGCAACUCUACACAUGACUCUUGUAGCAACUUUCUACACAUGACUCCUGUAGCAACUCUCUAUACAUGAUUCCUUUAGCAAUCCUUUACUGUACUUGCAAAAC